UUUGAUGCGGAGUUUCACAAUUUCGUCGCAUCCGUCCACAAUCCACGACUUGCAGUACGAUCUUUUUUUGCAGAAAACAUGGAUACCAAGUUGGGUAUAAAUGAACACCAUUCAGCUCAGAUAUUAAAUUUUCUGAGAUUUUCUAGAUAUCAAAGAGGUCAGAGAUUAAGAGCAGUAGAAAUGUGUUUUGAAGAAUUGAAGACUAGCAGACUUGAUGAGACAACUUAUACUAUAGAUGAGGUGACAGAUAUGUUAGAUGGCUUGUUGUCUGUGGUGAGAGGAGAGGUGGAGUCAGAACUUAUCAACACUUCUCAUACAAACAUUUUGUGUAUGAGACAAAUGUUUCAGCAAGCUGAGAAAUGGCAUCUUAAACUUGCAGCAGAUAUUUCAGAAUUAGAAAAUAAAGACCUUUUAGAGAACAUUGCAGAAUUUGAAGAAGAAAAUUUUAGAGGAACGAAAAGAGAUACCGAUUUAAAUAGUGUAUUGAAGAAUGUUAAACUAGUACCAUUAAAUGAAACAGGAGGAACAUCAUUAUUACACAUGAAAAUUGAAGAGUUAGAACAAGAAAAUUACAAAUUAAUGAAUGAGAAUAUGAAAGCUAAAGAAAAGUUGGUUUCACUAGGAGGACAGGCUGCAAUACAAGAACUAGCUUCAGCUGUAAAAUCAAGUGGAAAGGUUUCAGAAAGUGAACUUGAAGAAACAAGAGAGAAAAUGGCAAAACUAGAGCUAGAGCUAGAAAAGAGUAAGAAAAGUAGUCCUUCAGCAGGUGAUGUGGACAAUGACUUGGUAUCUACUAAACAUGAAUUAUUACGGAUUAGAGAAAUGCUAGAAUUAGCUGAGAAGGAAUUGGAGAAGAAGGUCAGCCAAACAAAUCCAUUUAGAAAUUUAAAGAAGAUGCUGGUUUCUAAAAAUGAUCAACUAAAACAGCUGCGGAAAAGAUUAUCAAAGUAUGAAAGUGUAGCAGAUGAAGAUUGAAGCAUAAUACAGCAAUAACUCACUUUUAUCAUUGUGUUCAUAAAUGUAUAUCCCUUUAGCAAUUAUGCUUUAUGAACAAUAUGUGAAACUCUGGUGUCCUUUAGUUUUAUUAUUUAGGAUCAAUAUAUUUGUCAUUAAUACAUAUAUAUUAUUUGUUUUAGGUUAUUCAUUCAAACUUCUGUUAAAAUCUCUUGAGUCAUAUCUUCUAUUUCAAGUAUAAAUGCACUAGAUACAGUAUUGAACUUUAAAAGAUCUGUUUAUGAAUUCUUAACUUCCCUUUCAUUGUUCAAAUGGAUAACAGCAAGGAAUUACAUACCUUGAUUACAGGAAAACUUGUUCAUAUAAGUGCAAAAAUACUUUGUUUAUAGAUAUGAUUUUUAAACAAUUUAGUUAAUUUGUUAAUAGAUAUAUAGAUUAGAAAAGUCCAUACAAUAAAAGUGAGUGUUAGUUCACGUCUGUCAUAUUUGUAUUUUUUAAAUUAUUUUGUUAUGAAUUAGGAUGUGACUUUAUCUCACUCAAAUUGUUGCAAUUUUUUCAUGUCUGGCGACAUUUGAACCCAACAAUAUGGUAUGGAUUCAUCACAUUGUUAAAAGUCCUUAGUCGGCCUAUAUUCUAUUACAUUUGUACUACCAUUCAAUUUAACUCUGAUUGAUAGUUGUCUCAUUGGAGAUCAUACCACAUCUCAUUUUUAUAUUUGAUAUCAAUUGUAAAUUUGUUAUGGUGUUUAAAUAGUUAAAAACAUUAUAGCAGUUGUUUGUGUAAGUUUCUAUUUCUACUAUCUUUUAUACAUUGUAAGGUUGUAAUUAAUUUGUGAAUAUCAUUGACUACUGUACUCAUAUAUUUAAAUUAAUUUCUGUAGUAUGACUUAAAGUUAUGUGUUGAUAUUGUAAAAUAAAUAGCCUUUACUUUCUGUUUUACAAACUGUAUAAUGUAUAAUAAAGAAUUUUUUGUACAAAUUAUGUGUAUCAUUUAUUAUGUACUUUUAUCAGUGUAUCACCCUCUGCUAACUAACGACCUAACUUAUGUACAAAUUAAUAAAAGAAAACAGGAGUGCACACG